AUGUCUCGCUCGCCGUCCCCCGCUUCUUCUCUCGACUACUUUGAGUCGUCAGGCUCAGCAUCGGAAGACGACUAUGUACCACAUUCUCGUCGCGCUCCUCGUAAAGCCGUCACAUCCGCCGCCGGUCCAUCGAAGAAGAUCACUCUCAAGUUCAAUCUCUCCGCUAUCAACCAGUCCAUUCAAGCUGCUGCGGAACAUCCUACAGAGGGAGCUAUAGAGGAUGAUUAUCUGAUGGGCAAUGAGGAUGGGGGUAAUACUCUAGGAGGUGCAGAUUUUUCGAAUCAGGAUUUGAAGAAGGAUCAUGCUGCAAGGCCAUUAUGGGUGGAUGAGUAUGGGAAUAUAAUAUUGGAAGCUUUCGCUCCCCUAGCUCAAGCCGCACAAGAUUUUCUCAUAGCCAUCUCUGAACCAGUCUCUCGACCUGUUUUGAUACACGAAUACAAAAUCACCAAACCAUCUUUACAUGCUGCCAUGUCCGUAGGACUCGAAACUAAAGAUAUCAUCGAAGUCUUAGAUCGUCUUUCUAAAAUCUCCCUCCCUCAAAAAUUACGGGUCAGAAUCACCGAAUGGACAUCAUCAUAUGGGAAAAUUCGACUUGUUUUAAAGCAUAAUCGAUACUUUCUCGAGUCUAGUGUUCCUGAGUUCUUGAAAGUAUUACUGAAUGAUCCUGUCAUCGGUCCAUGUCGAGUGGCGAGGGAGGAUGAACAAGGUCAACAAGUAUUCGGAAUGGAACGUGGUCCGGUUGCGAAACGUGAUUAUCUCAUACCUGGAACUGAAGAAGCGAGGAGGGCGGAGAAAGGAGAUGUGGGUGGGGAGAAUACGGUUGCGCGUGCGGGAGGAAGACCAGGGGAUGAUGUGAUAGGGGCUGUCAUCGGGGUAGAGGAGACCGAUGAGAUUGUGGAGGAAGAUGAGGUUCAUUCGUUUGAGGUGGCAGGGGAGAGCAUGGAAGUAGUACGACGUAGAUGUACAGAUAUAGAUCUUCCUGCCUUGGAAGAAUACGAUUUCCGCAACGAUACGAUCAAUGCCAAUCUAGACAUUCAACUCAAACCUAUGACCGUUAUCAGGUCAUAUCAGGAAACUUCACUAGCUAAGAUGUUUGGGAAUGGUCGUGCGAGGAGUGGGAUCAUCGUCUUGCCCUGUGGAGCAGGUAAGACGUUGGUCGGUAUCACCGCGGCGUGUACAAUCAAGAAAUCCACUUUGGUUCUGUGCACUUCAGCCGUUUCGGUCGCACAGUGGAAACAACAAUUUAUUCAUUUCUCGAACAUUUCCGAAAGACAAAUAUCGACCUUUACUCAGGGCGAGAAGGAAAUGUUUGCCGGCCCGGCUGGUAUCGUCAUUUCGACCUAUUCCAUGAUUGCCAAAACGGGUAAAAGGGCACAUGACGCCGAAAAGAUGAUGCAGUUCUUACGAAGUCGGGAAUGGGGUUUCUUGUUGUUGGACGAGGUCCAUGUCGUUCCUGCUGAGAUGUUCCGAAAAUGUCUGAACAAUUUCAAAGUGCAUGCGAAGUUGGGUUUGACCGCGACACUGGUUCGUGAAGACGACAAAGUCAAGGAUCUGGGGUAUCUCGUGGGGCCGAAAUUAUACGAAGCCAAUUGGAUGGAUUUGGCGAAAAACGGACAUAUCGCUACUGUUCAGUGCGCAGAAGUAUGGUGUCCCAUGACCCCCGAAUUCUACCGAGAAUACCUCCGAAAUCCAUCCCGUAAACGUAUCCUCUUACACGCCAUGAACCCAAACAAGAUUCAAGCUUGUCAAUUCCUCAUCAACUACCACGAGUCAAGAGGGGACAAAAACAUUGUCUUCUCCGACAAUGUUUACGCCCUUGAAGCCUACGCAAAGAAAUUGGGAAAAUCUUUUAUUCACGGUGGAACACCUGAAGGGGAGAGAUUGAGAAUCUUGGCAAGAUUCCAACAUGAUCCUAAUCUCAACACUAUCUUUUUAUCAAAAGUGGGAGAUACUAGUAUAGAUUUACCAGAAGCUACUUGUUUGAUUCAGAUUUCAUCACAUUUCGGUUCGAGAAGACAAGAAGCACAGAGAUUAGGAAGGAUAUUGAGAGCGAAGAGGAGGAAUGAUGAAGGUUUUAAUGCUUUUUUCUAUUCUUUAGUUUCAACAGAUACGCAGGAAAUGUAUUAUAGCAGUAAAAGACAGGGAUUCUUGAUUGAUCAGGGAUACGCAUUCAAAGUCAUUACCGAGCUUCACGGAUUAGAUCAAUUACCUAAUCUCGUAUUUCCAACUAAACAACAACAGAUCUCUUUAUUGGAAGAAGUGCUCAAUACCGGUGAUAACGCUUGGGAAACGCAAGAUCAUUAUAUGCGUUUAAAUCAAGGUAAACAUGAACGUAAAGCCGCUGGUGCUCAACCGAGCUUGUCAACAAAUGCGGGGGGUUUACCACAACCUCAAAGGUUUAUGGCUCCUUUGGAACAUUUGAGUGGAGGUCAGAAUUUGAGUUACAAGGAACAGAAUAAGAGUUUGAAUAAAGAACUUUCGAGAGAAGAUCGUGCGAAUAAACGACAAAGAGGGACGGGGAAAACGGGACCUCAACAUACAUUGUUCAAAAAGAGAAAGAUGGAGAUUGACGCUGCUAAAAAACGAGCUUCAGGACAACCAUGA